AACUGCAGAUUAAAAAAAAAAAAAAAAAAGACAAAACCCUAAAACCCUCUUCUUCACAUCGUUUCCAAACCUCUCUCUCUCUCUCUCCUCCAUCAGCAACCAUGGUGGAGCUAAAACUGUCAGAAGCAGGGUCAGGGGCAGAAGAGAGUGAAUUCUCAGAAAAUGAGCAGGAGAUAGCUAAUACAAGCGGCGGUGAUGAUGUCUCAACUGGUGGUGUCGAACAUGCUCCGCAAGAUCAGGGUGUUACUGAAAAUGGUAAUUUUCACCAAGAAGAGGAUCAAAACGAGAGCGAUGAAGACCGUCAUGGAGUCGAAGAGAGUGAUUCGUCAGAGGAUGAGGUUGCUCCUCUUAAUACGGUAGGGGAAGUUCCCCUGGUAUGGUACAAGGAUGAGGAACAUAUUGGGUAUGACAUCACUGGGAAGAAGAUCAAGAAAAAGGAGAGACAAGAUAAGCUUGAUUCAUUUCUCGCCAGUGCUGAUGACUCCAAAAAUUGGCGCAAAAUCUAUGAUGAGUAUAAUGACGAGGAAGUGGAGUUGACACCACAUGAGACUAAACUUAUACGUAAAUUGCUGAAAGGACAGGCACCACAUGCUAACUUUGAUCCAUACGCGCCUUAUGUUGAUUGGUUUGCCUGGGAAGAUUCAAAGCAUCCACUUUCAAGUGCCCCAGAACCUAAGAGGAGGUUUAUUCCUUCCAAGUGGGAGACUAAAAAGGUUGUCCAGUAUGUGAGGGCAAUUCGGAAGGGAUUAAUAAAAUUUGACAAACCAAAAGAAGAACCAAGGGUCUAUCACUUGUGGGGAGAUGAUUCAAGCUCAAAAGAAAAGGCUGCUCAUGGAUUAGCUUAUAUUCCCGCACCAAAGCCUAAGUUGCCAGGGCAUGACGAAUCCUAUAAUCCUUCUUUGGAAUAUAUUCCAACCCAAGAAGAGAUUAAUUCUUAUCAGCUUAUGUUUGAAGAGGACCGACCUAAAUUUAUUCCCAAAAGGUUUACGUCUUUGAGAAGUGUCCCAGCAUAUGAGAAAGCUGUCAGUGAAUCUUUUGAGCGUUGUUUGGAUUUAUAUUUGUGCCCUAGAGCACGGAAAAAGCGUAUUAAUAUUGAUCCUGAGUCUUUAAAGCCCAAGUUACCAAGUCGCAAAAACCUUAAGCCUUAUCCAACAACAUGUUAUCUUGAGUAUAGAGGUCACAAGGGUGCAGUUCUGUCAAUUUCGACUGAAGCUUCGGGCGAGUGGAUUGCUUCUGGUUCAAAUGAUGGAACUGUGCGUGUAUGGGAGGUUGAAACUGGAAGAUGUCUUAGAAUCUGGGAACUUGGAGAAGCUGUCCAGCAUGUGGCAUGGAAUCCCUCAUCUGACCUUCCUAUCUUGGCAGUUUCUGCGGGACAAGAUGUUUUUAUUUUAAACACUGGGUUUGGUAAAGAAGAAGAUCAGAAAAGGGUCAAAGAACUUCUUCAUGUUGAGACACACCCAGAACCUGAUGACUCUAGUAAUACGGCAUCUAUCGUGGGCUGGGCUCAAGAUGCUAGACAUGAGGGAGUUAGGUUAAAGCACUUUAAGACUGUGUCUUCAGUGGAAUGGCAUCGCAAAGGAGACUACUUCUCUACAGUUAUGCCUACUGAUAUCCUUUUGGCAAUUAUUUUGGGAUCUAUCUUGAUACACCAGCUCUCGAAGAAAGUUACGCAAAGAAUUCCCUUCAAGUUGCAUGGGCUUCCAGUGUCAUCAACCUUCCAUCCAACCCGUUCUGUGUUUUUUGUUUCCACAAAGAAAAAUGUUCGUGUUUAUGAUCUGUUGAAGCAAAAGCUUGUUAAGAAGCUUGAGACUGGGUUCCGCGAAGUCUCCUCCAUUGCAAUUCAUCCUGGUGGUGAUAAUGUUAUUGUUGGGAGCAAAGAUGGAAAAAUGGCUUGGUUUGACAUGGACCUCUCAUCUCAACCUUAUCGAGUUCUGAAAUGUCACCCGAAGGACAUUACCAGUGUGGCCUUCCAUCGUUCAUACCCUCUAUUUGCUUCAUGCUCCGAUGAUUGUACAGCGUAUGUUUUCCAUGGCAUGGUUUAUUCGGAUUUGAAUCAGAACCCCCUUAUUGUUCCAUUGGAAAUACUCCGAGGGCAUACAAGUGCAAAUGGAAGAGGAGUAAUGGACUGUAAAUUCCACCCCAGGCAGCCGUGGUUGUUCACUGCAGGUGCUGAUUCAGUGAUCAGACUUUUCUGUCAUUGAAGCAGUGUGAGCCUCCCGGUUUCUAACAUUAUUGUGGAUGAAAAAGCAUUAAACUUCAUCUAGACCGGUUGAUGGAUGAAUCUCAAUGGGAAUAUUAGGCGGCGGAAAUAUGUAUCUGAUGUUACAUUCAGUUAUUAUUUGUUGCGGGGGUGACAAAUCAGUGGUCAUUAAAUUUUGUACGGUGCUUUUUUUUUUUCCCCCCCCCCCCCCCGUGUGUUUUAUUGAAUAGGCUGAAUUCUAUGCACCAAAAUGUAAUGUAAGGUUCCGUUCACAUAUUUUUGUCCCCUUUUUGGGAAAUUGAGAAAUCAGGUCGGUUAAUUCAGAAUGAAAAAGAGCUCUGCUCUUGCACGUUUUAUGAUUGAAUUCAAUUUCUUCAAUGUAGCAUGCUGGUUUAUUAUGGGAAA